UAUAAAAUGACUAAUCGGCUUUAACAUUCCUUAAUGUAACUUCAGUUACCAAAAUUUCUAUGUAAAUUGUGAAAUAAAUGGUAAAUUGGAAUAUAUGAAAUUUAGGGGUUCUAUUUCGCAAUUAUCAGCAAGAUUGCGUGAUCCCACUUUUCAUUUAAUUUUAAUUGAUAUAGCUUCCUUCGAGCUCAACUACCCCUUGGACGACGCCUAAAUGAUUGUCAUCGUCUACAUAACCAGCCCCAACAUCGUAUCCAUUCGUUGCUCCUCCACCGAGAUAUUCAUCUUCUAUGUUGACUUGCUCCUUGGUCCGGUUCCCGUCACGGCAGGCUCCCAGGCACCCUGGUCUCGCAGGCUGCUCCAUCUCCCAGUGAGGCUGAGCGGACUCUAGCUUGUCCACCAUGCCAUGAGGUUCUUAGCUGAUAUGGCAAGACAGGAAAUUGCGUUGGAAAUGUUUUUGCAUAUUGAAGUAGUUGCCAAGGUUUCGUGGUGGAAUCAUAAGUUCAGAAAAAUGGAUAGUCAUGUCAGUGUGGAUUCCUUAAUUCUUGAUGGGGUAUUCAUUAGGAAAAUCAAUCUGAAUUGGAUCGUUUAGUUGCUUCAUGAAAAGAAAUAAUUUUCAAACUGUGCUUAAAGUAGGGGAAUGAACUAAGAUGAAGAAAGACUUAGGGUUUGGUAGAAUGGUUCGUACAGGAAGCAAUUUGUGGAUAUGUAUUUGGUGUAAUUUCCUCUAUGGUUGUUUUUGAUGUGAAUUGGAUGAAGCGCAAAUAGUUAAAUACUAAGCCAAUUGUUACACUUAAGGUUUGUUGAUGUCCAAAUAUAGUACAUAAAACUAGGCCACUGUUACAUUAAAUUGUCACCCAAUCACAACUUUUCUCUCAUCACAAAUGAACAACUAAAGUCUCCAACAAAUCUACUCCCUAUUGAAAUCUGCACCCUUGUAAUUUAGCUGCAAUGCAUAAGAUAAUCAAUUGGUGUAAUUAUUCACCACCAUACCCUUCCAUUCAUUCAAAUUCAUCACUCUCUCUAUCCAUAAAGAAAUGUGUGUAUAAAAGGAUUUACAUAGACAACAAUGAUA